AUGGUGUUUUGUUAUAAAAUAAUAACAGAAACGCCGAGGAGAUCCGGUGCGUCGUCGCCGAGGAAGGUAGAACCGAUGGGACGGGUUUCGAAUAUGCCCAGUUCUAUGUCACAUCUGAUCAGUUCUUUGGACUACGAAGCCAGUGACGCCAUGGAUUCCAUACCGGAACGUGACUGGCGACUGCUGGCGGCGCUCGCAAGAAAGAGGGAAGAAAACGACGAAAGAGAAAAGUUGGCUGAUCAGUUUAGGAAGAUGUGGCAAAAAGAGAAGGAAGAACGUGACCAGGUGGAUGCGGAAAUAUCAGAGCAAUACAAGCGGUACAUUCACAAGAAACGAGAACAGGAACGCAAUCGUUUGGAAUACAAGAGGUUUCAAAGGACCUUGGAUCAUCAUGCACGGUGUGGGGAGCUGCUUAACAGCAUACGGCAUAAAGAACAGCGUAGCGCAGACCUGCUGGCUCAUAGAGAUGAUAAAAAGAUAUCAGAACUAAUAGAUCGAGCACUGGAGGAAGAGGCGCGUGCGCAUCUCGCAGCGGAUCGUCGUGUACGUCUCGACGCCGCGGAACAAAUGCGGAGGCGCGUGGAUCUGAACGACGCUGAGAAACGAGCUGAUGAAGCCCAGAGACGACGGAAUGCUACCUUGAGAGACGCUUCGCGGCGCGCAGCUAUAUCCAACGCACUAAGCUCAUGGGAGUCAUCAGUGGUGCUCAACGAAGUGCGUGCAGCUCAGAGCGCGCGCGUGCUCGCGCUGGCAGCACGCGCAGCUCUUCAGGAUGCACGACGAGAACAAAUAGCACGCGCACGUGCAGCACGCGUUGCACGCGGACGCAGGCUGGCUGCCUUUACCGCACAUUUGAGAGAGGCCAUCAGAAAUAGUUAACUAUAUAAUCAGUUAUCGGUUAUAAUCAUUUAUCGGUUUUUUAACACACUUGCUCGUAAAGUGGAUCCAAUUUCACCGUUUUUCGAUAUAUAAAUCAGGUCAUAAUAUACACGUGCAAUAGUGAAGUUAUAUUCCGUAACCGCACUAUUUGUUUUUUUUUUAAUUUCGAACCGACCACCGCGCGGUGCUAGCCAGUAAGCACGCGCCGAUUUAAAAAAGUAAAACGGCGAGAAUGCGAUUACAUGGAUCAGUUUUAUGGUUGUGUUUAUUUGAAAUCAAGUGUGUUAAAAAACAUCGUACGAUAUAGAUGCGUAUUUAACACACUCGGGCUUUAUUACGCCUUGACGGUAAUUCCGUCUCGUGUGCUAUAGCCGUCACAACUCACUUAUAUUGUAAUAUACUUUUAAAAUUUUACGUAAGUCAAAUUAAUCGAAUUACCUAUGUUUUAUGAUCUUUCUUCGUCGAUAGAUUAAUUGACUGUAAAUCGACACAUUUUAUCUUCUAUAGUGCCUUUGAAAAUAUCCUUACAAUUCUUUUGCGCUGUUGUCGCAACUUACGGUGGAGGAUCUUUUAUUUCUCCGGCUCG